AUGGACCAGUUCCCUCCCGAGCGUAUUAGGAACCUGUCCAUUAUCGCCCAUAUUGACCACGGCAAAUCGACGCUCGCGGACCGUCUGCUUCAGAUGACCAACACCCUGCCGCCAGAGUCGUCGCCUCAGUUCUUGGACAAGCUCAAAGUCGAGCGCGAGCGCGGUAUCACCGUCAAGGCACAGACCGUCUCCAUCAUCCUCAAGCACACUGACGGCAAGGACUAUCUCGUCAACCUCAUCGACACGCCUGGUCACGUUGAUUUCAGCUACGAAGUGUCGCGUUCACUGGGAGCGUGCGAAGGUGCUCUUUUGCUAGUCGACUGCACGCAGGGUAUUCAGGCGCAAACACUGAGCGUGUUCCACGUCGCGCUCGAAGCCGAUCUAAAGAUGCUCGCCGUCAUCAACAAGGUCGACCUCGCGCACGCCUACCCCGAGGAGACGUCCAACGAGAUUGCCGGGUCGCUGGGUAUCCCCGUCGAGGACCACAUGCGCAUCUCGGCCAAGAGUGGUCUGGGUGUUGACAAUGUGUUGCACCGUGUGAUUGACAGCCUGCCCCCACCCAACUGGCAAGGCGACAACAAGCUCCGAGCUCUGGUCUUUGACACCUUUUACGACCGGUUCCGUGGUGUUGUCUCGCUCGUUCGUAUCGUCUCGGGAUCGAUCAAGAAGGGCGACAAGGUCCGUUUCAUCCAAGCCGGUAAAAAAUACGAUAUUCUCGACGUUGGCGUGUACAACCCGGAGGAGGUGGUUGUCGACUCGCUCAACGAAGGCCAGGUCGGCUACGUCGUCUGCAACAUGAAGAACUCGGACGAAGCGUUCAUUGGCGACACCGUCUGCCUGGCCAACGAUACCGUUGAGCCUCUUCCCGGUUUCCAGCCCAUGAAGGCCAUGGUCUAUGCGGGUGUGUUCCCCCUGGAUGGGUCCGAGUUUGUGCAGCUGGAGGAGUCGCUCAACCGCUUGACACUCAACGACCGCAGUGUGUCAGUUGAACGCGAGACCUCCGCCGCUUUGGGCCAAGGGUUCCGUCUGGGAUUCCUGGGAACCCUCCAUAUGGACGUUUUCCGCCAGCGUCUCGAGGACGAGUACCAGUCACAGGUGAUUGUCACUGCCCCGACUGUCCCGUACAAGGUGGUCUACCACGACGGAAGGGAAGUGUUCAUCUCGAACCCUGCCGAGUUUCCUGACACGACCGACACGAGGACACGCGUCACCCGUGUCGAGGAGCCAAUGGUGAAUGCGACAAUCUUCGUGCCCAACGACUACUUGGGCGACAUGAUGGACCUUUGCGCGCGUUACCGCGGUGUCCAACAAGAGUACAAGUACAUGGAGGGCUCUGAGCGUGCGAUCUUGAAAUACUCUCUUCCUCUUGCCGAGAUUGUCACCGACUUCUUCUCCGAGCUCAAGAGCGCCUCGUCCGGUUUCGCCUCGUUUGACUAUGAAGAGGCCGGCUACGAAGAGUCCAAGCUUGUCAAGCUCAACAUGCUCCUGAACGGCAAGCCCGUCGACGCCCUGUCAAUGAUUGUGCACCGCAACGCUGCACAGACUAUUGGCAAGGCAUGGGUCAAGAAGCUCAGGGACGUGCUUCCGCGCCAGCUCUUCGAGCUCGCCAUCCAGGCGGCCGUUGGAGCAAGGGUUGUUGCUCGUGAGACACUCUCCGCCAUGCGCAAGGACGUCACCGCGGGUCUCUAUGGUGGACACUAUGAGCGCAAGAUGAAGCACCUGAACAAGCAAAAGGAGGGUAAGAAGCGUCUCAAGAGUCUGGCAGGCAACAUCAGCGUGCCCCAGACGGCCUUUUACGAGGUCCUCUCCUCGCGUCCGAGGGGUUUUGCCACUUGUGCCCGCCGCUCGGCCGAAGGUCAGCACGGGAUGGACGCCGCGAUCCCUCUUCCUCCCAGUGGUUCGAACAAGCCGCAAGAACACGACGACUGGCUACUCAAAUACUUUCCCCGGUCGUUUGACCUCAACACGCCUCCCCCACCUCUUGCACGUCCCUCGCUCACCUCAGGACAGCGCUCGUCCAUGAUGUCCAAUCUCCAGUCUCAGACUUUUAAACCCGACGGCUGGGACUCGAGUGAGAUCUUCUCCGACUUUACCCAGCUCUACCUCUCGUCAUCUUCGCCGAUGUUUACCUCGGGAGAGCUGCGCAACACUGCUCUCGCGGUACACACUCUUGACCGCCGUGCAGGUCGCGCGAGGAAACCCGCACAGGACCGCCUGGACACCAUCUACCACGCUCGUGGCGACUUGGUGGGACCGCAAGGCAAGCUGGGUCUGGAGCUUCCCCUCCUUGUGUCCCAGGCGCGUAAGAGGCGUCAGCCGUCCGUCAUCGACCUCCGCCGUGCUCAGCGCCACUUCAACAGCCUCUGGGCCUCUGUUCCAGAAGGCACCAAGGAGCGUCAGCUGUACACAAUGUCGGUCAACCACAUUCUCUACCUGUCUGCUAUUACGUGCGACUAUGCUUCUUUCGAGGCCUGGUGGGAACGCCGUCACGCUGAUGGAAUCCCGACCGACAGCUAUGCGCAUCUUGCCCGUCUUAUUAUGGUCGGCAAGGGCCGUGGAAAGGAGCUGGACGAGAUGCUGCCGCAUCUCCAGACUGGGCUUCAAGUCGUCCAAGAGAGCGAUGCCAUCGUCCUCAUCAACUGUGUCCUCUCCAUGGCGGCCAAGGAGAACCGAAUGGACAUCCUCGUGAUGCUCUGGGACGCACUCAAGUGGAACGUGUCGCUGGACGAGAUGAAUGUGCCCGAGACGGCGCUGCCGCCUGCCCUGUUCGACUUGGUCGCCUCUGUUCACCCCGACCGGUACACCUACACAAUUGUCGCGCACGCCCUUGCCGCUCGUGGAGACCUCACUGGCAGUCUUGAGGUCCUCCAGAUGGUUGUCUCGUCGGAAAUGAACCUGGCGGUUCAGGACUAUCUCAACUUGUUCCACGGGUUUGCGCGCUACGGUGUGAUUCCAUCGGUGCCAUCGGGUGCCGCGGCCGACGCUUUCCCCCCGCUCACCGACUAUUCAAACAAUUUCGCCACAGUCGACAACCCGUGGUCUCUUCGGGAGGACGGCGCAGAGCUGGCCGUCAAGGACCCUCGGUGGUCGACGCUCUGGACACUCGAGUCACUCCAUGACUUGUGGCCGGCGUUCAUGUCCGUGUCCCCGCCCGAGGGACACAAGGUCGUCCCGCGUGCCCCGCACCACCAGUGGGUGUUCCGCACCCUCCUUGGCUGGUCCCGUGUCACCAACGGCGAUCCCGAGGCGGUGGCCAAGGCGUUUAUCGACAUGGAGCGCAAGUUUGGCCCUGGAAACCCGGAAGGAUGGGUGUUUUGGGAGGAGAGUAAUCGGAUCCGCAAAGUGCGCGACGUGCUGGGUCUUGGAGAACAGCAUCAUUGA